GUCAAAAUGCGAAUGGCGGGAAAUGCAGCUAGGCAUCCAACCACCUCCAAUUCUCCCGAUACACGUACCCUUUUUUCCCUCCGCCGGACAGGACGCAAGUUGGAAAGGAACACUACACUUUUACACUUUUGCAAGUUUACACCUACAGACAAGAUUUUAUCUUUCUGAUCCAUACCCUCUUCCUAUCCUCCCCUCCCCACCCCAAUCUUCUGUCAAGUACGUUUGGGUUUCUAACAUACCUCUUUUUGAAAAAUACAAGGAAUUUUAUUCUCGUCGACGAUCACAUCGCGAUAUCGAUAUUCUUCAGCCAACAAUCUUCGAUCUAGCCUUGUUGCAUUCCACACACACUGCGACUCCAACGUCGCUCCGGAACAGGAGGACGGGAGUGGCAGACUUAUACAAACUCGUCGCAGGAGGAAUUAAAACAAGAUGGCUCAAAGAUUUCAAGUCGGGUGGAUGAGUAGGUUUUCCUUCCCGAGGAAUGUUGGAAUGAGGUGGCUAAUAUGGUUGUAGGGCUGAUACCAUUCCUCGGAUACCACCAUGUGUUGAUGAUUUUGAUAGGGUUAGCCAUCGUAUUACUGUGUAUGUCUCUUCCAGAAGCAUUCCCAGAAUCCCAACUAAUGAUUUAUGUGCAGCUCUUUUACUAGCAGGGUGUUCUUCGUCCUCGCCGUUAAUACCGGAUAUCUUCUUGAUUUCGCUGUACUAUCAAUCAUACCCCGCCGUCCCAUCCACCGCACAGGCCGAUUACAAUGUCCACAAUGCGAUAGCGACGGUCGUAGGAAACGCACGAUUAGCAGCAAGAGUCGGGUACUUUGGCAUCUGUAUCAAUCCCGAUGGAGGAUCCUGGCUGUGCAGUAACAACGCAACGGCAUUGGCCAACGAAGUCACCGUUGCAGACGACCCAUUGAAUUUGAUCUGGCUGGCAAGUCAAUUUAAGGAUAUGAUUGUUUUCCCGUACCUGAUGUAAGCUUUUCUUCCAUCUCUUCCCAUCAAUAUCUACCUGUCUCUAUGUCCCCGUCUGGUCGUGCUUUGCUAAUCCGUCACAGUAUCAUCGCAAUCAUCUUCGCCUUCAUCUGUCUCCUCCUCCUCGCCACCUUCCCAGGCUGGCAUGAAGAAGAAGACACCCACGGCAGCGAUCGAGAAGUCAAGCCCUUCCCCUCCCGCCCCGUCUCGCAAAUUGCCCUCGCAAUCAUCUUCAUCGCCUCCAUCUUCGUUCUCGUCUCGGUGCUCUGGCAACACACCGCUUCCGUCGCGGCAUCCAUCAUCGCGCAAGACCUGGGGAACGGGAGCGUCAGGAGUGGUGUGGGCACCACCGCGAUGGUACUCGGUUGGUUCGGGUUCGCGCUACUGAUCGUGGUGACGAUCGGGUUGCUGGUUAUGAUUCUGAGUAUUCGGGUCCUGGCUGAGACGUUCAGGUGAAUCAACAAAACGAACCUUUUUUUUUCUCAGCACUGGGAUUUUUUGUUUGUUUAUACCAUACCAUACCUGCGACGGUUCUCUUAUGCAUUAUUGGAUUGGAUGAUUUGAAAAAAAAAAGUAUGCCACAUAACGACCACAACUCUCAUUGCCUCACCAAAUGUGAGAUGAGGAAGCGAAAAGAGACAGAACCAGCAACGUCAAAAAAAAGGAGAGACGAAGAGAUACAUCGACGAAACAAUAUUGAUGAAUGCGGAAUUAUUUUUUCUUCCGUUGAUUUGUGCAUACAAGUGAUGAACACCAUUUUGCAUUUGGGAACGGAGUUGGGAAGACAUUUGGGAAAUUACGCUUUUUUUCUUUCUUUUCUUCUUUCAUACUUUUUCUUCUUCCUCUUACCCGUAGGGUAGGGAAGGAAGAUGUACCCUGCCCCACCAGGAAGUUUGAGGUGGCUUUUUGAGGUGGCUUUUCGUGGUGGGAUGAGGUGAUGAUUGUAUAUGAGUGGAUGUGUGGGUACGGGGUUUUUCUAAUGACUUUUGAUGCCCGUGCGGUGGGUAGGUUAUGUGGUACCAGCGAGAAGAGAAUGACUUGACUCGACUUGACUCGGUUUGGGGAUGGAAAUGGACGGGAUGGGUAGAAGGGUUAAUGAAUAUACAAGAAGCCUCCCCUUAUGAGUAUCACAUUUUUUGAAA